AUGGGGCACCAAAUUCCACCGCUGCGUACCACUACGCUCCCCAAUAACGCACCGAUGAUGUCACCUCGAAUGGUGACGAAACGUCCGCAAUCGAACUGCCCAGCUCAGCGAACAAGCCAACGAUCAUCUAACCUACCUGAGCUACCAAUAUUUUCAUUCAUAGAAAAGACACAUCCGCCAAUAUUCCUAAAAAUUCAAACGGAUGAAAAUCUGAAAUUGCUCGACGGCAUUCUGUACAAUGGGCGCUCUUUCAUCACUCAGAAACUUUCUCCCUUUGCCAGGAAAAUCCAAUACAGAUCCAGUGAACUCAAAUUUCGCAAUCAAGCGUGUAAUGGUCGACACGGUGAAAGGAUCUUUGAUGAGACCAUGUUUGGCUUUGUGACCACGAAGUGCAGCGUGCAGGCGAACGAGAAUAACGAUGCCAGAGUGAUGUUUUCUGACGUGGAAAUUAAACCAGCACAUAGCUCACAGACCGAGCAUGAAAAAAAAACGAGCAGAACAAACAUACCACUGCGGUCGAGAUUUUCAAAGUUCUGCUGUUGGUCGCUAUGUGCUUCUAGUACACGAAAACGUGUCAAAGAAGCGGGUACUGCCUCAAAAGUAGAGGACCCCCCUGCUCAGUCAUAUUUGUCAACGAAAGUGCAUGAAUCACGCGGUCUCUGGAAGUGUAGCAAAAAUGACUCUCGUGAUUUAUCCCCGGGAACCGGUCAAUCCUCACCGCUACAAACUUCUGCAGAUUCUGGUGUGAGCAAAUGGUUAAAGUCAAGAACAAUUCCGAUUUUUCGACUAAAGACCUCUCCAAAACGGUCUACUACUCAGACAUUAAAUUCUCUCCAUGGUUCUCCUUCCUCACUAAUAAGUUCCGCUCCUCACAAAAAUUUGGACCCUACCGUCAGUGAGCAUCUCGGCUUCAGGACAGAUAUAGAACAACCGGCGAAUACGAAUGAAGCAGCUGAUAUUUCUAGCAAAGCAACAGAGUAUAUAUGUGCCUUACAAGCUGCUGGCCUCGAUUUUUGCGCAGACGAUCGAACUUCACUGUCUUCGAAUGCCAGUGACUCCGAUCUCCGCCGGGCUAUUAGCUACUGUGAGAAGCGUCUGGACCGGUUAUCACAAAGUCUAAUGUGUAUUCGAAAUUACUUCACGCAAGCCAAAUCUCAGGACCAACAUCAGGAACACGUUGGAUUCACAGGUCAGCCAGCCAAGCCAGUUGCGCCGGAGCCUGGAGUUUUUUUGCAGAAGGUUCUCGACAUUGAGGAUUGGUCUGCGUCUGACUUCGGGUUGGUUGAACAUCAAAUAAAUCAGAUAUCGCAGAAACUACAGCGCAUAAAGUAUCAUAUUGACGCACGUGCGUAUCUCGGUUGGAUCGGCAUCGCUCGUGCUCCCCACUGGAAUGACUCCCUCGUACCAGGAAAAAGUGCAUCACCUCCCAAUCCACAAAUUCAGCUCAUCCGGCGGACCGAAGCCGAAUGCAGGGACAUAGUACUCCAAUAUAAGACAUUAUGUGAUGAAUCGGUUCCCUAUGAAGUUCGAAUGGAGCUUCGACAGUCAACAUUCAAUAACUGGCCGUGGUCUGACGCCUGGUUAAUUCGAUUGGUCCGUCAAAUGUUUAUGGAUCUGGGCUUGAUUGAACAGUUUCGGAUUAGUGUUUCCAGACUUGAUACUUGGUUAUGCGAUAUCUAUCGUCGAUACAACCGAGUUCCGUUCCAUAACUAUAAACACGCUUUUAUGGUCACUCAGAUGGCUUAUUCGAUAAUCUGGACGGCGAAGCUGACAGAAUAUCUAGAUAAAGAAGAACAACUUAUUCUACUUGCUUCCGCUAUUUGUCAUGAUUUGGAUCAUCCUGGAUUCAACAAUGCUUACCAGAUAAACGCCAGCACUGUUCUGGCAAUACGGUACAACGAUCAAAGUCCCCUGGAGAAUCACCACGCCGCAAUGGCUUUCGAUAUUCUAAAGACAGAGGAAGCAAAUCCCUUUGAUCAUCUAGAAGAGGAAACCUACAAAAGAAUUAGAGAAGGGAUUAUAAGGUGCAUUUUGGCCACGGAUAUGUCCAGACAUAAUGACAUUUUGAAUCAAUUCGUCACGGUGGUUCUUGGUGAUCUCGCCACAGCACUAAGCAUGGAUAAGGAGACGCAGCGUCCCAGAUGGGUACUUGAAAAAAACCUUAGGGAUCUGACGCUGAUGAUUAUAAUGAAAGUUUGUGACAUAUCCAACGAAGCCCGCCCACUACAUGUCUCCGCACAAUGGAUCAACCGGCUACUUGCAGAGUUUUUUCAUCAGAGUGAUUAUGAAAAACUUGCUGGUCUACCGGUUGCACCUUUUAUGGACAGAGAAAAAGUAACCAAAUCCGCUAGUCAGUGUGGAUUUAUACGGUUCGUCAUUCUUCCCCUAUUCGAAGCUCUGGCGAAACUACUUCCCCAGAUUCAGACGGCCGUUGUGCAGCCCGCCAUAGAACAACUGAACUACUACACUGAAAUGCAGGCCUCCGAGUUGCGAAAAGCUGGUUAUGCCAAAGAAGACAAUCAGGGAGCAAACUCCGAUGGUUAAAAAAUUUUUUGAAAGAAAUCACGGGGACGGCCUGACGGCAUGUGACUUCCUGACUCACAUAUUCACCCAAACGUCCCUGUUGACAUCAACCACAGGGCAAUGUUUCUGUGAUAGCCCCCCCCCCCAAAAUCACAAGAAGGACCAUCUCACAGCUCGAAUGAAGGAACUUUUAGCUGUUCCGUGUUAUUAUAAAGGCUCUGAAUUAGCACGAGCCAGUUUUCCUACCAGAAUUCUGCCUCAUUGAUUGCUACUUUUCCGCUAUAUUGUAUUUUACUUCAGAAGGGGACUUUAUGAUCCGUUAAUCACCCUGCUCAGUCGUAAUUGCAGAGAACUUCAUUAACCUAAGCUCACUUAAACUGGAGCAACGUUUUCCAUCAAAUGGAUUUGCAAAAUGUUUCUAACUUCAAUACUUGUCCGACCUUAAUACAAAAGACCAUUGUUUUUUAUCAAGGAGAAGCGCUGCAUUCCCAAAGUGAGUUUGUGAUGAAUACCUAAUGUACGAUAUUUUCUUUUUUCGACAGUGUAGCACUCGUGUGAUUGAAGAGGUUUUCUUCAUACAGGGAGCUUUACAUAUUGUUGCUUUGUACAGGGCUUCAACACAGGAACUGGAGUAUAAACUUCACAUAAUUUGUGUAUUCUUAAAUCUUUUUAUCCAUCUUGAGACAGUUUUCAUCUAUUUUUACAGCAAAAAAAAUACAAUAAGUUUCAAC